AUGUUGCGACGCACAACAAGAGCCUCAACGGCUUGCUCCUGGUGUCACCAUCGCAAAGUGCGAUGCGAUGCGUCAAUCCUCGGUUCUCCGUGUACCCGGUGUCGACAAGACGGUCGAAGUGAAUGUGUUCUUCGGGCUAAGAAUUUUAAACAGUCCUCAAGCUCAGCAAACCCGCUUCCCACGCAUCAAAGCUCAGGGUCAAACGUGACUACUGGCCGGAAAUCCAAUGGUCAGCAUCAGUCACCCAAUCAUCCAGCUCUUACUUCGCAGCUUCGCGCUCAUGGUCUCAGCUUGGAUGAUCGCAGCACAAGCUCACCUCAAUCCCCCAAUGUCCCGUAUACCGAAUACGCCUUUGUCGAUUCGCAACAACUGCUGUCGCUCCCUUCUGAAGAUGUAGCAUUUCUCGCAUCCAAGGGCUGUUUGAGUUUGCCAGCUUCUAACGCAAUCGACGAGUUUGCUCAACAGUACUUCAAGCGCAUUCACCCGCUGGUACCUGUCUUGGACGAGGCUAAGUUCUGGCGCAUUUAUCGAAACAACCAACCUACCGGUGCUAAAAUAUCUCUUUUUGUCUUACAAUCAUUGAUCUUCGCGAGCUGUCCGGCAAGUGUCGUCCCUCCGUUUGUGUCUUUGGAGACAUUGCGUCAAUGUGGAUUCAACGAUAGGAGGGAUGCACGUAAACAAUUGUACGACAGAGCUAAGCUAUUAUUCGAACUGAGGACCGAAAAGCUGUCUCAUGCAAACGCCCAAGGCGCGGUUUUACUUACGCACUAUAUCUCUGCGGAAGACCCUCAGGCUGGAAGUUUGUGGGUCACAAGGGCCAUCGAGCACGCUAUACUUAUCGACGCUCAACCAUCUUUGCUGGUGGAAGAUGUGGCAAUAUCGCUUAAGAAACGACUUUGGUGGUCUAUCCUUCUUCGUGACCGAAGCCUAUGUAUUGGCCUACGCCGCCGUCCUCAGGUGACCUCCAGCUUUUAUAGAUGGAGUGACUGGCUGAGUAUAGAGGAUUUCAGUGAAGAGUUGUAUCAAUCUCGAGUCUACGACUAUAACACCAAGAGGAGUCUAUUCGGCGCCCUUCAAAAUCAAUGUGAGCUAGCGGUGCUACUCACAGAUCUGGUGUCUUUAGUGUUCGCCCAUCGAAAGAUCCCAAGACGGUUACUAUCUAUGAUUGAAUUCCAGGGCCUCUUGUCGAGAAUAAAAACUAUCAAAAAAUCACUCGACGAGUGGAAACUACCGAUGCAGCCUCUAAUCUCACCAAACAAGACGUCGACAUCAGAAGGCAAUAACGCAGUUGCAAUGUUGACUUAUAUGACGUACAUGUAUUACUACGCAGCGCGAGUGGAUCUGGCGCAAUAUGCGGCAUUUGUUCUAGAAGAAAACUUGUUCUACGCGGGAGACAUGUAUAACAAUCUGGUUCGAGAGAUUAGCAAUGACCUAAGGGACGGAAUUGACGGGUUAAGCCUUGUGAUGGAGUACUUCAGCGUAAAUGGAUAUGCUGACAGUCUUCCGCUAAGCGUGCUUGGAUACGUCGGCAUGCCACUCGUACUGGCAGCUAUAGACCUCAAGCUAUCCCCUUCUCGUGAGGAGAUAGAGGUAAGACAACGACGUUUGAACUCGUUGAGUCAAAUCAUCCGUCACUCGGAGACACUCUACGAUGUCACUGAUUUCGUCGCCGUCGGGACCAACCAUAUCUUGCAGCUUGCCUAUACGACGACACAAAACUUCUUCUUGGAAGAGAAAACAGCUCCAUUACUUUCAUGUGAUGGCGUGGCGAGACAAAACUCUUUAGUCAGCACCCAGCGCCAGGAGAGGGCUUCCAAUGAAUCAAUGUCGCCUAAACCGAACCGCUCAACGAGCUGGCAAGACGCGUUCAUUCGGUGUCCGAGGGCAUAUCUUUUGAUAUCGGCUUGUGUAGACUACAGCCUAGAAAUUGGGAGACUGCCAUCCGCGAGUGGUCUUCCUGAAAUUGUUCGCGACCUUCCAGCCAUGGGCGUUAUUGCUCGACUUCCCUGGACAUCUGAUAUACCUUCAUCUGACUCCACAAACUCACACUUAAGCCAGAUGAACCAAGUGCAGCGACAGAGAUACCCCGUGAGCGUGCGUUCAUCUAUUGAAGUGCGAGAUGUUUUGGAAACCACCACUAUUGAGAGCGAGCCCGAGAAGAGCUUCACCCCGCAAACAGCCCAAAUCAACCACCACUCGUCACCAGAUGUAUUUCCCUAUUCCAUAACACCUUCUUUGAUGACAGAUGAACAACUGCAAUACAUCAACAGGGUAGCGGAGCAAACGACUUGUGAAAGUACCGCACCGAACCUAGAUUUCAUGGACUUUGGCGAUUGCGAACGUGUAUCAGACAAUACAACGGGAGCUUGUGCCGUGAGUAUCCCAUUGGAACUUAUCGGUCACAUGCAGGCCGAGUGCCGGUUGGAGCAACCAGCUUUUGACUAUGGUACCACUUUACCUCAACCGGUCGAAGCUAUUGACUCGACACUUUUUGACUCGUUCUUUCACGAAGCAUUCGAACAGAACUGGGCUGUUAGAUAG